CGGCCGCCGCCGGCGUCCGGUCCGCCGCGCUCCGACAGGCAGUACGCCCCCGCCGCCGCGGCCAUGGCCCAGGCCGUCGUCCUCGGCGAGGUGACCCAGGUGCUGUGCGCGGCCGGGGGCGCCUUGGAGCUGGAGGAGCUGCGGCGCCGCUUGCUGGAGGGCGUCGGCGCCGACGCGCUGGAGCGGCUGCUGCGGGAGCGCGGCCGCUUCGCGGUGGCGACGCGGGCGGGCGCGGGCGGCGUGGUGGCCGCCAAGCGCGUCGUGCUGGCCGUCUCGGCGCUGCGCCUGUGCCGCGUGCACCAGAGCUCCAAGGCCGGCUGCGUGGGGCUGUGCGCGCAGCUGCACCUCUGCAAGUUCUUGGUCUACGGGGCCUGCAAGUUCAUGAGGGCCGGGAAGAACUGUAGAAACAGUCACAGCUUGACGACAGAUCACAACCUGAGUGUGCUGAGAACUCACGGUGUUGACCACCUCAGCUACAAUGAGCUCUGCCAGCUUUUGUUUCAGAAUGACCCCUGGCUUUUGCCAGAGAUCUGCCUUCAUUAUAACAAAGGAGAUGGACCCUACGGCUCUUGUUCCUUUCAAAAGCAGUGUAUCAAACUCCAUAUUUGCCAGUAUUUUUUACAGGGCGAAUGCAAGUUUGGCACUAGCUGUAAGAGAUCACAUGAUAUCUCUAAUGCUGAGAAUCUGGAAAAACUGGAGAAGUUGGGCAUGAGCUCAGAUCUGGUGAGCAGGCUGCCUUCCAUUUAUAGAAAUGCUCAUGACAUCAAGAAUAAGAACUCCACCCCCAGCAGAGGGCACCCUUCUACCCCGGGCCCACAGGGGACUUCUGAAGCUUUGAUGGAUGCUGAUACGUCUUUGUGGUGUUUCUUUGUAGAAAGAAGAGAUAGUUCAGGUUCUGUGUCCCCAAACACAGCUAACCAAGAGGAGAGUGAUCAGAUCUGCUUGUACCACAUCCGGAAAAGUUGUAGCUUUCAAGAUAAGUGCAAUAAAGUUCACUUCCAUUUGCCAUAUCGAUGGCAGUUCUUGGACAGAGGCAAGUGGAAGGAUUUGGAUAAGAUGGAGCUUAUUGAAGAGGCAUAUAGCAAUCCCAGAAAAGACAGGAUCUUGUGUGCUGAAUCAGCCAGCAACUUUCACUUCGAUUGUCUAGACUUUGACUCCAUGAUGUUUGGCGCUGUCCCAGUCCGCCGCCUCUCCACAGCCUCCUCAGUUACUAAACCUCCACACUUCAUCCUCACCACUGACUGGGUUUGGUACUGGGCUGACGAGUUUGGUUCUUGGCAGGAAUAUGGAAAACAAGGCAUGGAGCACCCCGUGACCACUGUCAGCAGCAGCGAUUUGGAGAAGGCCUACCUGGCAUACUGUGCACCAGGCUCUGAUGCCCAGGCAGCCAUCCUGAAGUUCCAGGCCGGAAAGCACAGAUACGAGUUAGACUUCAAAGUGUUUGUUCAGAAAAACCUGGUCUAUGGCACAGUCAGAAAGGUUUGCCGGAGACCCAGAUACGUGUCCCCGCAGGAGGUGAAGGUGAAGCAAGCCUGCAGUGUCAAGUUUCAAGGCCCAAAGAGCAUCCCAGACCAUUGGGAUCCCUCAGCCCUGCCAGACCCUGGCUUUAAGAAGAUAACCCUCAAUUCUUCAUCAGACGAGUAUCAAAAAGUCUGGAACCUAUUCAACCGUACGCUGCCUUGCUACUUUGUUCAGAAGAUUGAGCGAGUCCAGAAUCUGGCCCUUUGGGAAGUCUACCAGUGGCAAAAAGGGCAGAUGCAGAAGAGAAGCGGAGGGAAGGUGGUCGAUGAGAGGCAGCUGUUCCAUGGCACCAGUGCGAAUUUCGUCGAUGCCAUCUGCCAGCAGAACUUUGACUGGCGGGUCUGUGGUCUUCAUGGUACUUCCUACGGCAAGGGGAGCUACUUUGCCCGAGACGCCGCAUAUUCCCACCACUACAGCAAAUCUGACACCAAGUCCCACAUGAUGUUCCUGGCCCGGGUGCUGGUGGGGGAGUUCAUCCGAGGCAACGCCUCCUUCGUCCGCCCCCCGGCCAAGGAGGGCCUUGGCAACGUCUUCUACGACAGCUGCGUGAACAGCAUGUCCGACCCCUCUAUCUUCGUGGUCUUCGAGAAGCACCAGGUCUACCCGGAGUACGUCAUCCAGUACUCCAGCUCCACCAAGCCUGUUGGGGGGGGGAUCUCCACCUUCUUCUCCUUGGCGUCUUUCUUUGGGGGCCGGCAGUGAGCCUGCCAGGGUGUUUUUAAUGCCUUUCAGGCCUGUCUUCCUUGGAGUAGCUAUUGGGGAAGGUGUUUUUUUUUUUUUUUUUUUUUUUUUUAAACAAAAACUUUUAAUGAACUGUUCAUUUAACGUUGACUUCCUGAUGAAGUUACAUUCUUAAUCUCUCACUGGUAAUGGUUUUUGGUUUUAAGCCACUCUUGGGCUAGUUACUAGACUAACCAGAAGUGAUUAUAGGUGGUCCUGUUAAUUGCCUUUUACUAGUGUGUUAAAGUUUUAUUACUUACAUUCUUUAUUGACUUUGCGGCUGAUUGGCACCAGGCACAGAGUUUCUAGAUACUAUUUUAUGGAUUGAUUUUAAAUUUAAGUUCCUGUCUCUGCAGUGAGUCAUUUGUUUUUUCAGGGUCUCAGUGGCAUCUUGUUUAAUUUUUUGUCAAAAUGACAGAGUAGCCAUCAGUGCAGGAGGCCUCCCUGUCUCUUGCUCUGGCUCUAAUCCAGGCACCUCUUCUCCUGGGCUUCUGGCCUUGGAGUCGGCCCAUCAGUCACAGCGUGAGAGCAAGUGGCUACUCUGUGGCAUCACUGGGGCCCUUUCGCGGGGUCCACAUCAUUCAGUGGAAGGUGACCAGGAUGAGUGGCUGCCAAGGACCCCUGGGCUCUGCCCACGAAGGCCCAUUCCCACAUCUGAGCACACUGGACACCCUCUGAAUGUGGGUUUUCUGUUCCUGUGAGAUUUGAAUACCUGUGCUGCAAAUGUCACAACGGAGAAUGGAAAUAAAGGAAUAUUUAUCUGAA